AUGACCUCACCACGGCUAGCCAAGACACUCGCACUUCUCCUACUCCUGGCGGUAUCGACAGCAGCGAAGGAUUACUACGACCUGCUCCACGUCUCCCGGCACGCGGAUGCCGCUGCCAUCAAACGUGCCUAUCGCAAGGUCGCGCUGAAGUACCACCCAGACAAAGUGCAGGGGACUGAGGAGGAGAAGCAGGCGGCAGCCAAGACCUUUGCCGAGAUUGGCCACGCUUACGAGGUGCUCACGGACGAGAAGAAGCGCCAGAUCUAUGAUCAGUAUGGGGAGGAGGGCCUGAAGCAGAUGGGCAAUAGCGGCGGCGGCCAUCACAACCCCAACGAUAUCUUUGCGCAGUUCUUUGGCGGCUUUGGUUUUGGAGGCCAUGGGCAGCAGGAGGAGCCCCAGACGCCCAAGGGCGAUGAUGUCGUGAUCAACCUGGAGGUCUCCCUGGAGGACCUCUACCUGGGGCGCCAGUUCAAGGUGGUGCGAGACAAGGGUGUGCUGAAGCCGGCGUCUGGGACCCGGAAGUGCAACUGCAAGAACCGAGUGGUGACCAACCAGGUUGGGCCAGGCAUGUACCAGCAGUACACCACCCAGGUGUGCGAGGACUGCCCCAACGUGAAGAUCGUCCGGGAGCGUGAGGAGGUGACCGUGUCCGUCGAGCCCGGCACCCCCGACGGCCACCGCAUCACCUUUUUUGAAGAGGGCGAGCCGCGCGUGGAUGGCGAGCAUGGGGACCUGAUCAUCCAGCUGGUCACGACGAAGCACCCCGUCUUUGAGCGGCGGCAGUCGGGCCUGCUGGCCGAGAUGAACAUCACGCUGCUGGAGGCCCUCACCGGCUUCACGCGCGAGCUCAAGCACCUGGAUGGGCACGCGGUCGCCGUGGGGUCCAAGACGGUGGUACGCCCCGGCGAGCAGCGCUGGUUCAAGGGCGAAGGCAUGCCCAUCAUGGACGAGGUGAAGCGGGGCGACCUCUGGGUGACGUACAGGGUCAUCUUCCCAAAGAUGCUCACACAGGCACAGCAGGACAUCAUCAAGGAGGUGUUGACGCAGACGACGUGGCAUGACGAGCUAUGA